CAGGAUCCUCAUGCUCAUCUGGCAGCACCGUGUUACAGAAGUGACCUCUCUGUCUUCAGUGGAAAUACUCAUGUUAUGCAUCUGAAGCAAAGGCUCUGAGCUGAGGGAAUCCACAGCAGCACAAGCCUGGCAGAGUCUGCUCCUGGUUCAGUCCAGCCUGCUCUGCUGAGACGCUCUUUCAGCUGUAUCUGUUUAAAGGAAACAGCCAUUUCUUUCUGCUCAGGUCUAUAACAAGUUCUAGUGAUGCCUUGGGCAAAGAGAAGGUGAUGUGGGGAUUACAGCUAUCUAGGCCACAGAGCAGUGUGCUAUCUGAGAAGGAAUGCUUCAGGGGAACAAAAAUACCUCUCUGUAUGCUCUGGCAGACGAAAUAUUACCAUAGUCUCAAAAAUUAGUGAGUGAAGAAUAUGCAGUGCAAAUAACCUUAAGAAGCUGUGGGGAAUAUAGCUAUACAGAACAGCAACAGCUGGACUGAACUUCAGAAGCCAUGAAGGCACCAAGGGGCCAAAAAAAAUUUUUGCAACAUCCCAUUGAGUCCCAAGGGCCACACACAGCUCUGCUCUCAGCACAGCACCACAGCCAGAGGACUGCAAGAAGCAAAGCAACUCACAGAGCCCACUGCAUGCACAGCCUUCACCAAAUCCUCCAGCCCAGCUUAGCCCUUUGAAAAUAUUUUUGGGAUGAUGUCAGCACCUGGGUUGCCAGUGCACUUGUGGCUCUCCUCCCUCAGCCUACUUUAGUUCCCACACAGGGACGGGGCAUCCAGACCAAGUGGGAGAGAGGCAGAAGCUGAAAGGGAAAUAAUAUCUGCAGUGAUCCAAAGUCCAAAGGCAGAACCACUGGGCUGCAUUUAUCUCCUCAAGACCCUGUGACCUGAAGGUUGAGCUCAAGGACAGUCUCAGCAAGUCACUGAAAGAGUUUUCCCUUUGCUCUACCUGCCGACCUCUGCUCUCCUCUGAUUACUCCUGAAAAAUGGAGCGAUCCACACAAGAAAUUUUCCUCAACUUCAUGAUUGUCCUGAUUACUGUAUUGCUCAUGUGGCUCCUUGUGAAGUCUUAUCAGGAUUAAAAGGCAAUCAGAAACCCUGGGAGAUGAUUUAAGUGUGUCUCUGCAAACAUAAGCAACACUUACAGCACGCUGCUGUGAUUAGCUUUCAGUCAAGUGAGGAUGUAAUGAAUUUUUUUUUACUCUGUUGUGUCUGUUGCUCGUGCUCAUGUUUGUGAUGGGUCUGUGAUGCUGUAACUAUUUUAUUCCGCAGUGAUCCACCUGCAAAAUGUAAAAUGCAAGAUCCUUAGGAACUGUUCAACAUGGCUGUCUCCUCGGGUAGUUACUGUGGAAGCUGUAGCCCCCUGCUCACCAUGCUGGCUGGCUUGGUGUUGGUGUCAGGUUCUUGAGGUUGUAGAACUGCAGCUCCCAAUGUCACCAUCUGCAUCAACCAGCGUAAGAGGCAGAAACUCACUAAGAAAAAUGCAAUGUUAAACCUCUACUUUCACAUGCUCAUUUCAAUUAAAUAAAGAACUUGUACAACUA